AUGGCAAUUGAAAAUCAAGACAACUCCUCUGUCCGAGAAAUCAAACCCAAAAACAGAAGAAUCAUGGGUGCUGGAGGUCCGGAAGAGGAUGAUAAUAGAUGGCCGCCAUGGUUGAAGCCUUUGCUGAAAGAAAAUUUCUUUGUUCAAUGCAAGUUACAUGCUGAUUCACACAAAAGUGAAUGUAACAUGUAUUGUUUGGAUUGUAUGAAUGGUCCUAUAUGUUCUCUCUGUCUUGCUUACCAUAAAGAUCAUAGUUUUAUUCAGAUUAGAAGAUCUUCAUACCAUGAUGUGAUUCGAGUGAACGAGAUUCAGAAGGUAUUGGACAUUACUGGUGUACAAACCUACAUUAUCAAUAGUGCAAGAGUUGUGUUCUUGAAUGAAAGGCCUCAGCCAAGGCCAGGGAAAGGUGUCACAAACACUUGUGAAGUUUGCGAGCGUAGUCUCCUAGAUUCUUUUCGAUUCUGCUCUCUUGGUUGCAAGAUUGUAGGAACAUCGAAGAAUUUCCAGAAGAAAAAGAAACAGAUAACAGCAAUGGCAUCAGAUUCUGAAGAUUCAUACAGUAGUAACAACAGCAACAACAGCAACAACAUUCAUAGCCGUGAGAAGAAAAUCAAAGUUCAAAGCUUCACACCAUCAACACCACCUCCAACUUCUGUUAAUUACAGAACAGCCAAGAGAAGAAAGGGAAUACCACAUAGAAGCCCAUUGGGGGUAGAUUAUUGUGGUUUCUAG